AUGACGAAUGUACCCUGUGACAUGUUACUGCAUCCUGAACUUUUGACAAAUCAGCAACUGAUGUCUAUUAUCCAAGAGAGGCAUUUGAGGGUGCCAAACAUGGAAACCAUCGCUAGGGAUGAGCUAUUAGAAUUAUUUCAUCAUUACUGCGUACCUUAUGGUCAAAGAAAAUAUCGGGAUUCAGGAAGAGGCAAAAUGUUAAAUAAAGCACGUCAUGUUAGUCCUGAACACACUUCACGAUUAAACCUGCUCAAUGAUAAUCAGAACAGAAAGUUAUCGCAUGCAUUAAAUGACAGAUUAAAGCCACCACCUGAUCUACUAUCAGGACACAUGAAGAGAAUUAAGUUAGAAAAUAAAGUAGCAAUUACAAAUGAUGUUAAUAAUCAUAAAAGGAAAAUGUCAAUUGAUAGUUCACCAGUUUCAGAUGCCCCUCCAUAUAAAAAAGAAAGAAAACCUAUAACUUGGCCAUAG